AAUACCCAUCAAACAAGAUCAAGGCGGAUACCGACAUCGGGUUGGUUUAAUUACUUGUAUGUGUUUUACGUUUCGCAAAGUGAGAUAGAGUUAAGGGGACGGAGAAGGCUAACCGAAGAAGGAUUUACAUUUAACAUCUGGAACAUUUUCGCAACAAUCAAACAUGCAGACUUCACACCAAACGGUCGUUGUUACCCAGCAGCCUAUAAUGAGCGGCAAAAGCAACAUGAUGGUUUGUAGCCUUAAUGGCCACCGGGACUGGGACAGUGGCCUCAUGGCGUGUUGCACUGACUGCAGGUCAUUGUUGAUGACCUACUUUUGCCUACCAUGUUCCCUCUGCGACAUAUCCAGCCGCACCGGCGAAUGCAUGUGCAUGCCCUUCUGUGUUGCCGGAGGACUCCUCGCCCUCCGCGCGAGGAUCAGGACGUUGGGUGGCAUACAGGGCUCUAUUUGUGGCGACUGCAUUGCCAUCAGCUGUUGUGGCCUGUGCGCGAUUUGCCAGAUGCAGAGAGAGUUGGAUGCAAUGGGUCUCUAAACUCGAGUGCGAGUGACCAAUCCUUAUACGUCAUCCACGCAAAAAAACGUUAUUUGUUAUAUCGGAAACACUUAACUUUUUUAGUUCAGUUUAUAUUUUCUCAUUGAGAUUGUUGAUAUUUACCGUCAAAUACUAAUGUUUCAUUCGGGAUAUAUGGCAAUCUGUCUGUCCAGUAUUUCUAACGUCACCUAUUAGGUCUAAUUUGCCUAGUGGCUAUUUUAACCAUUUUCGCUCCCAUGAAGUCACGCACAAUUACUUGACGUCAUCGUUAUUUAACUUGAACUUUUAUUUAAAUGAGCAAUUUAACUAGUUUGCGUUCUUCAUCAUUCAAGUUUUUAAAUCUACGGCAUUUAAUAUAGCAUGGGUACUUAGAAAGCAGGGAAUGCAUAUUUAUCCUACAUGACCACACUUCUACAUUGGUUGAAGCUUCAACAACUAACCACGUACAUUACUAUCAAUUUCUAGGUUAAAAUUGAUUUAAAUGUUUAAGCAAGUAGUGCCACUUUUUAUUGCGUUUCUUCUUUUCCUUUGUUAUUGUAAUUAUCUGAUUUUAGAAGGGCAUUUUGUUAGAACAGCGCGGCAGUGAUCUGUUUAUAUCUUAUACUGUUUUUUAGAAUAUAUGAGUAUUAAAUACAUAUCAUAUUUCUCAAUAA